AUGCAGAGUGCGUUGCAUGGUGGCUUGGCUCCAGCAAUCGCCGGCUUCCUCUGGCCUUCGGAAGUCCAGGUCCUGCAGGCAGCUGCGCAGCGAUUCACAGAGUUGCGGGCCGCCGCACUUCGCUUCCUGACCUCCCCAGAAGCUCGCAGGUCGCUCCUUGAGAUGAUCGCAGCCGCUGCCGGCAGUGCCACGGCGGAGGCUGUCUUGGCUUUUGACUCCUCUCCAGCAAAGCCCUGGCCGUCCUUUGAAGAUGGUUUGCUGGUUCUGUGGUGCUGCGAUCAGCCCAUUCACCGUGAGCGGAAGGCAAUGCAAGUUGCCCUUCGAAGUGGCCCUGUCAUGGCCGUGAGAUGGCUGCUUGCUGCACGGGCCGAUGUAGAGCAGCCGGUGGAGGGAGACCUCACGCCUUUGCGCUUGGCUGCCCGCUUCGGGAGUGAAGAGCUCGUUGAGAUGCUUUUGGAAGGCUCCGCAAACCCUAACAGUCGCGGACGAUUUGGCAAUACGGCCUUGAUGGUCGCUGCUAUGCACGGUCACCACCACAUAGUUGAGCUGCUCCUGAGCAAAGGCUCUCAGGUCAACACAAAUGGCGAUGGCGAGACCGCAAUUGAUCUUGCUUGCCGUUACCCGGAUGUCGCUGACCUGCUGACUAGACAUGUCAGCCAAUACGGCUGGACCGGUGCCGUCUGCAUGGUUGCCAUCAUCGCCAACACGAUGUACUUGGGUGUCAAUGCGGACUGGAAAAUCAGGAAUGCUUUCGGUCCCAUCGACGGUCGCCAAAGAGAGGUCGAGGAUACAGCGUGGGAUAUAACCUUCGCGGUUUGGUUCUCCAUUGAGAUCCUCUUGCGCUUGCUAGCUGAGAAGAUCAGCUUCUUCACCGGCGAGGAGCAG